AUGGACUAUCCCUAUAAAAUAUAUUACAGGUAUUUAUAUUUGCGAGGAUUUCACGAUAGAGGAGAAGUGUUAAAAGCCAGACUAGAAGUGUUAAAAUAUUUGAAGUCCACUAGUGAUGAUAUUCUUAGUUCUGAUCAACCAUUAGAGGUGGGAGUUCUUAAACAAGGUUGUGGUGUUGGUUGUGUGCCCUUUAUGGAGGGGAAGAAUGUGAUAUCACACGCCGAUCCUGUUAGAAAAGUUCUUGAAGGACCCAAACCUUUUAAAUUUUUCAAGAAUUAUUUUGGUGGAAGAGAGGUUAGAACCUUUGACUUCAAGUGGCUCAGGGCUGUACAUACAGAAGGGUUUACAGGAGCUCAUGUUGAUAAUGUAUAUAUGGGUAGAGGAAGUAAGGAACUGUUGACUAUGUGGACACCUUUUGGUGAUAUUACAGCGGAUAUGGGGGUUCUAGCUAUGUGUGAGGGUUCACAUAGAUUACCUAGUUUUGCCAAAUUUCAGGAGAAAUACGGUAACUUGGAUGUAGAAGCCGUUGGUUUAAAAGGAACUGGGUGGUUUACCUGUGAUCCGUAUGAAAUAACCGAUAAAUUCGGUGGGCAAUGGAAAACGACAAAUUUUCAAGCCGGCGAUGUUAUGAUUUUUUCUAUGAGAACUGUUCAUAUGUCCACGGUGAAUUUGACGAAUUUUGCUAGAAUCAGCUGUGACACAAGAUGGCAGCCAUUAGAUGACGUGGCAGAUCCUAGAUAUAUUGGUGAUUUCCAGACGCCUGGUACUAAAUUUGGUUUAUACAGCACAGAUGAGAGUAAAACAAACAAUGGUAAUACAAUGGAACAUUACAGAAUUAAAUGGGGAUUUUAAAGAUGAAUCAUCCAUUUCUUCCUGAAAAAAUGGCCUAAUUAUUGAAAAUCGAGAUAUUGACCCACUUUGAUUCAUGUAUUUUGGCCUUGCGUUUGUUACAAGUUCGUGGUGACAGCUUGAGGAACGAGAUUUCGUGGGCACACAAAACAAAACCCCAAUAUUUAUCCAUAAUUAUCUGAGCACAAAGAUAAUUUUGAUUUAAAAAGACAUUAAUGUUUUGUAGGUCUUUGUCGUUCGGUGACGAGAUUUGACUACAUGGUGACACCAU